GUCACAUCAUUUUCUAGACAGAAUCGGAAUCUUGCCUUUUCUCUUUCUCUCUCUCUCAUUCUCUUUCAACAUGGACUUUGAAAAGCAUGGGGAAGGAAGCUUAUUAAAUGAGAAUUUAGAGGAGAAACUGACGGCAGGGAGGAAAGAAAGAGAUGGAGAUAGAACAAGAGAGAGAGAGACUUCAUUGACCACUGCAUCUUCAAAGUGGAGUAGAAGAUGGUGCUCAGGCCUCAAAUUGGUUCUGACUUUUCAUCAAAGCCUUUCACUGGGGAGUCUGGUAUUUGGACAGUUAUUAAUAAAAUGUUGCUUUGAUUUGUGUUGGCACAUGAGGCUCCCUUGGAGUGCCCUGAAGGUCUCUUCUGGUGAUUCUGAAGCCAAACCUCUGAUCUUCACAUUUGUCCCCACUGUCAGAAGACUGCCAACCCACUCCCAGUUGGGUGACACGUCUAAAUACAUUGUUAAAAUUCCUGAGGAACCAAGUGAUGAGACUCCAGAAACUGUAAAUAGGUUUGAUUCCAGUGAGUACUUGACCUUGAAUGUUGGGCGCCAACAGGAGAGAGAACGAGGAGCCCUGACUUGUCCUUCAGAGGUUGAGGACAAGGCUUCCCAAGGAAAGGAAUUUAAAGAGAAGAAACCUCAAGGAAUGCAGCAAAGUGACCUCUUCAAAGCGGAAUAUGUCUUUAUCGUGGACUCUGAGGGGGAGGAGGAAGCCCCGGGCAGAAAAGGUGACCAGGGACCCCCGGUGGGGACAGGGCCCCCGGCUGCUCGGCCCUCGUCUCUCGCCAUCUCCUCCAGUCUGGCCUCCGAUGCGGUGCGCCCCAAAACGCGAGGGGCGGACCUCCAGGCCCCGUCGCAUCCUAAACGGCCUCAGGCAAUGGCUCCUCCACAAAGACACGGGCAGUUAACUUCUCCCACUACCUCUGAGCAGCUUGCCUGUAAACCACCUGCUUUCUCCUUUGUUUCUCCAACUAAUCAGAAAACACCACCUGCCCCAGGCGAGCUCGCCGGCGCCUCUGUCCUGGAGGAGUUCCACUCGAGGAGGCUGGAUGCCCACGGGGCCCUGGUGGAAGAAACAACCACGUACUUUCAAACUUCCGCUCACUCUGCACCCUUUUUUGCACCGAAGGGCACGUCCUCGACGUCACAGGUCCCCCAGCCCGCUCAGUUAUCAGGUUCUCCUUCAUCCAGUUCAAGCACAGCACAGCAAAACCCGGGGCAGACUUCUGAAGUCCUCAAGAAGACGGUCAACUCGAACGUCCUUAGUCCCAAAGAGAGUCCGAGAGCCUCGUCUUCACCAGCCUCCGGUGCUUCUCUGAAGCCGAGUGCAGCCUCCUACAUCCCCGUCCGCAUCGUCACGCACUCGCUCUCGCCGAGUCCCAGAGCUUUCCCCUCCCCUUUCCACGGCUCCUCUUCCACGGUCUGUAGCCAAGCGUCCUCCAGCGCGAGCCUCUCGAGGUCAGGGGUGAAACCCCCGGUGCCCUCCAGGCUUUCCGUCCUCACCGCCAUCCUGAAGUCCAGUCCUUCUCACCAAAGGCCCCUCUCCCCGGCCUCCUGUCCCACCUUCUCUCUCAACUCCCUGGCUUCCUCCACGCUCACGCUUGAUCAAAAAGUCAAACAAACCCCACCCACACCUAAGAAAUCCCUCUCCAGUUGCUCCCUGCGAUCAGGGUCUCCAGAACAAAGGGAAAACCCAGUUUCCGACCUCAGCCAGCCAUCCUUCCCCUUUCCUUCUCCCGCCAAAGCUACACCCCCUCCCCAGGCAUCGGCCCUUUCUCCCCCCAAACAGGGCAGUAGCAGCUUCGCUUCUGUGAUUGUAGAGAAAAUGCCACCUCCAACUCUGAAGUGCAGCCCGGUGACUUCCCAGCUGCAAACCAGUACCUCCAGCUCUGUGGGUCUGCCUCCCGUCCCUCCAAGCUUUUCUCCCCUGUCUUCCAAAGGCAGACAGGAUGCUGACCCCAGAGGCCCGGGAAAGCCCAGGGAUAUCUGCUCGCAUGCUUCUACAUCACCUUCCUCCACAUCGUCUUCUGUGUCUCCUCCCACUAACCCGAGGGCCAGGCUCUCCUCACCAGAGAGACGCUACCAUCCGUCCCCAGCUCUUUCAAACCUGAUAAACCGAUCUAAGAGCGCACAAGCGCCAGUCUCUGGCCAAGGGCAGACUCCCUCUACUCCACCCCCAGCCCCUGUCUCCAGCUCCAGCUCUGCCUCUCUUCCCCAUCUGGGGUCCUCUGCUCUCCCCCUGGCUAAUCCUCCCACAAAAGCACACAGGCUCAGUCCCUCUGCGCUGCACCCAAAUCUUACCCUGCCUUCAAGACUUGGAAAAUCCGAAAGCUCUAUAUCUGACCACAGGUCAUCUGUCUCAGCUCCGUCACCUCCCUUCUCUCUCACAAGAACCAAGGAGCUGAGUUCACCCUGUGCAUUGCCCAUGUCAGCAGGCCCUGAGAAUAAGAAACCCAAGCAAUACAAGACCAAGUCCAGCUACAAGGCUUUUGCAGCAAUCCCAACAAACACAUUGCUUUUGGAACAGAAGGCACUAGACGAACCAGCCAAGACGGACAGCAUUUCCAAGGACAAGACCUUAGACCCAGCUCUGGAGUUGUGUUCCCCUGCACAGCUCAGGCAGCAAACUGAAGAGCUCUGUGCUACCAUUGAUAAGGUCUUACAGGAUUCCUUGUCUAUGCAUUCUUCUGAUUCUCCUUCAAGUUCCCUGCAGACUUUGUUGGGUUCUGACACAAUGAAAAUGCCUACAACUCUUCCAAGAGCAGCUGGUCGAGAAACCAAAUAUGCAAACCUCUCCUCACCAUCUUCUACGGUAUCAGAGAGUCAGCUGACAAAGCCUGGAGUAAUUCGCCCCGUACCGGUAAAAUCCAAAAUAUUACUGAAAAAAGAGGAGGAAGUCUAUGAACCCAAUCCUUUCAGUAAAUACCUGGAGGAUGACAGUGACUUCUUUUCUGAGCAGGAUGUGCCUGUCCCUCCCAAGCCUGUUUCUCUCCAUCCUUUAUAUCAGACUAGACUCCAUCCUACUGCUAAGUCCCUACUGCGACCACAGACCCGCCCGCAUGCUGACUGUCUUACCCCCGGACCUUUCAGUCACUUGUCUUCCUUCUCCCUGAGUGAUGAACAGGAGAAUUCCCACACCUUGUUUAGUCACAACGCAUAUAAUAAGCUGAGUCAUCCAAUGAUGGCUAUUCCGGAACAUGAAACCCUUGAUUCCGAAGAGGUAAAGUGGUAAAGGUGAGGGAAAAAAGUGCUUUUUAAAGGACUUGUCUUUGUGAAGCAAUGAAGAUGGAGCAGAAGUGAACACUCAGGCUGGGCUGAAGUUUUUGGAACGCUGGUGCUAAUCACUUUGCUAGAUUUAACUUUUAUCACUCUUUUUUUUCAGUCUUAGUGUUUUCCUUAUGAGCUGCAGUGAAACUAAAAAAGUUCCCUGCAGGCAUAUAACAUGGCAGUAGUCACUAACACCCCGCUUAGAAGAGAUUUACCUACAGUUUCUCCCACCACUGUUAGAGCCUUGAAUGCCUUCUAUUAAGCUGACAGCAAUACUAACAUGCCCCUCUGUUUAGCAGGCAAAUAAAAAAGAAACAUGGGGAAAUAUAAGGAUGGGCCUGAUGAUUUUUCAACUCCAGUUUUAUUUUAUGCAUAUGUUACUAUCUGAAUCAGAUUAAAUUUUCCUACUGCUUAAUUAUUUUUACAUAUUAAAAAAAAAAAGUGACUUUUGGAAAAGGAGUCCCUGCCUGCUUUCAGGGCUUCAUUGGGAAACUCUUGAAGAUGUGAAAGCUGGUAUUGACACAAAACACGCACUAUUUUCCUGCCCUGUUUGGCUUCUGCGCUUCCUGGGAUGUGCAGACAGUCAAGUGUAGGUCCUGUUGUUGACCUGUUUCCUACAUUACUGUUUCUCUGACUGUCACCACGGGAUUCCUGCAAAGGCUGCUUCAGAGUUAGUUUGUACCCAUCAUCUUGGGAGCAGCCGAGACCGGAAAGCAAACCACCCUGUUGCAGACAGUCCCAGGAGCCCCCCACUCUAGCAUACCCAGUGUCCGCCGUAUUGGCCACGUUCCCUUUCUUUCCUAGCUGCCACCCCCAGCUUCCAGUUCUCACCUUCUCGAAGUGGUUGCCUUUGUCUUGUCUGCCCAGUUCGGGCAAUACACCAAUGAAGAAUCCACCAUGGUUCUGGACAUCGAGCCCCUGGUAGCAGAGGACUCAGUAGACACUAUGUACCCUCGUGCCCAACUCACGUUCUCCUUGGAGCCACUGCGCCCUCAGACCAUUGGUCCAUCACCCUCAUCAUCCUGCCCAGGGCAAAGCAAGGAGAGUUGCCACAGAACAGUUGGCCUCUUCAUCCUCCACGCACCAUUUUGGAUAGCUCCAUUGUUGUAUUGCAGCAAUAAAGAUUGAGCAGACAUGAAGAAAAACAUCCUGUAUUUCCAGGUGCCAACUGUAUUUCCAGCUGGUGCCUGGAAAUACAAAGUCCUCAUUAUCUCCUUCAUUAGUGGAUGAGGAGAAGUGGAGCCCUAGUAAUGCUUUCUGCUCAUUUCUUCUCCCCCAGACACUACUUCUCUACCUGCUAGACUGUGUGAGGCAUCAUUUUAGAUUAUUGAUCAUCAUCCCUAGUAUUCACUGCAUUCUGAUCAUGUGUCCGGCACCACAAAUUUGAUUUAACCUUCACAAUGAGCCUAUGGGGCAGGUAAUAGUAUUAUUCAUAUUUUAUGUUUGUGAGAAGAGGCUCCAAAAGGUUAAACCAAGCUAGUAAAUGCUAACGACAGAACUAACACCAGAUAAUCAGGUUCUAAGAUAGCCAUUUAUUCAAUUGUUUGUCCAUUCAUCUUUGACUUUGAGAACAAAAGGUUGAGUCGAUCACACUCCCUAGUUCAUUGCUCUUAUAAGUUUGGGCAAGACCCCUCUCCUGUGUACUUGUUGUUUGGACGAUUGAUUGAUUAACUUUUCUAAGGAUUUCUAUCUUCUCUUUUCCUGCUAUAGGCACACAUCCUUGUGUUUGAUCUAUAUUCUUUACCUAUAUAUGUUUUGAAGAUGUGCAUUUUUUGCUGCAUAUAUAUUUAAUAAAUGUAAAUGAUAU